CCUGAUUGGCGGAGCGUGUUGCUUUAACUUUUACCGAGUACUCGCGGAUCAGGGGAAGCGGUUGAUCUUGGAACUCCGCCGGCUGUCCCCUCUUGCAAGCAGGCUGCUGGGCGCUCGUGCAUCGCAGCAUCUCUCCCCGGGACUGAGCCAGACGCAUUGCGCAACAUUCUAGUCCUCAGUGAGGUCUUGUUCCCAACCUGGACUGCAGUCUCAGCGAAACCUUUCUACAGUGCUGCUCUAAUGAGGAACUCCUGAAUAUAAAGUCACAGAGGAGAGAGGUUGCAAUGUCUCGCAGCAUCAGCGUUCCACGAUCCAGUGUGGUUAAGCUCAGUUUGGUAGUUUUGCUGCUAUUUGUAACGAAUUUCCCUUCGUGCUUAAGCGACAGAGUUGCAGAAUUUGCUCUCACAGAAAAAGUUGGUGAUUCGAAGGAAGAGGACAGUCAAGAGGCGGCGGUAGAGGAAAACGAUUUUGAUUCCGAAGACUUGGAAGUAUUCUACCCGACGAAUCAAUGGCAAACUGUCCGGCCAGGUCAGGCUAUUCCUGCCGGUUUACAUGUGCAAUUAAAUCUUCAGACAGGAGAAAAAUUGGCCAAGCUUCCAGAUAACGAAAAUAAGAAAAAUGACAUGAAAGACCCUCAAAAAAGUAAAGGGCUGGGGCACAUAGAUAUCGACCCGAGUUCAUUUACAACGCAAGAACUCAAGAAGGCUUUGUCUAAAAUGAAGAAAAGCAUGAAGACAGAUGAUGAUACCCUGGCUCAGAAGGCUCAUCAGGAAGAUGUCAGGAGACGGUUCCGUCCCAUUGAAAAACUUAAGGAGGAGUUCAGAGAGCUCAACCUGCAACUAGAAACGGACUUUGAAAUUAUGUUUAAAUUAAUCAACAAAUUCAACAGUUCCACUUCGACGUUGGAGGAGAAAAUAACAGCACUUUAUGAUCUCGAAUACUACGUUCAUCAGGUGGACAAUGCAAAAGAUUUGCUUUCCAUUGGUGGCCUCCAGCUUUUGAUUAAUGGGCUGAACAGCACGGAGCCAUUGGUGAAGGAAUAUGCAGCCUUCGUCCUGGGAGCGGCCCUGUCCAGCAACCCCAAAAUACAAGUCGCUGCGAUUGAGGGGGGCGCUUUGCAGAAACUGCUGGUAAUUUUGGCCACAGAUCAGCCCCUCGCUGUGAAGAAAAAGGCUCUCUUUGCUUUGUCGUCCAUGCUUCGGCAGUUCCCCUACGCUCAGCAGCAGUUCCUGAAGCUUGGAGGCCUUCAAGUACUUCGGCAUCUCUGCACGGAGAAAGGGACGGAGAUGUUGCACGUCCGCAUUGUGACGCUUCUCUAUGACUUAGUCGUGGAAAAGCUGUCGCUCAAGGACUUGCUGGAUGACGAUGACCAGUUCCGGGAGAGAGCCCAGCAGUACAGCCAAGUGAUCUUGCUCCCAGCCAUUGUCGAACAAGGCUGGUGUGGGAUAAUUCCUAACCUCCUGAGGAUGCCAGAGCACGAUGCCAGGGAGAAGGUUUUGAAGACCGUGCAUGUGCUGCUAGCUUCCUGCAGGGACAGCUACAAAGCAGAUCACAGCCUCAGCCAUACACUGAGCCUCCUUCGCCAAGAAUACGAAGUGCUGGUGGCAGACGAACAAAAGGAAGGAGAAGAUGACGGCUAUUUUAAGGAACUCCUCAGCUCUAUAAAUAGCCUGGCCCAGCAGCUGAAUUGAAGACUUUUACCGUAGCCUUGCUGAGACGCAAAGGUUCGCCGGUAAAUUUUGGGACGUUGCACAGAAUAAACCAUUGAACAAACCUUUUUGGCUUUGUGCAGUCCCUUAGGUAGCAAGUAAGCCCAUACGCUCAUUACAGAGCGGAGACUAGCUUGGUAUUUGCAGUUGAUGGUGUGUUUUAUUUCUGGAAAUCGCCAGGAGAAGCGGGUUUAAGGUGUCCCUGCAGUCGUCAUCUGCAAAAAGAAGAGCCUCUCUUAUUCCCCACGCAUUUCGAAACAACUCUCUGAAGGGGAAAUGGUUUUUACAAAGAAGUUCCGCCAGUGCAUGGAGUUGGUUUGAGCAAGUCUUCUGCCUUAGUCACGUCAAUAGAAAUAUUUUUAGAAUGUGAGUAUUAAGAGGGCGAGUGUAUCCUACUCUCUUUCUCAUUUGAAAAGGCAACUUCCUGUGGAAAAAAAGAGAUUUUACUCAGAAUGUGCAAGAUGCUGUCUUUUUCCUGUGUAUUUUUUCAACUUUCUGGUUGUUGUCCGUAUGGCAGUUCCGUUGUUAAAAAACAUUCUUCAGCCAGUCCAACACUAAUUUUGAUCUUUCAGCUGGAUCCCGAGAGUAAAGGGAACAGAACGGUGGAUUGUAUGGUAAGGUUCUACUCCCUAAAAACUCAUCUAGCUAUUUUUCAAACUAUGUUCUGCGGAAAACCCCAGGGCUCCUCCUUGGCUGUUUGUCAGGCGGUUCCUCGAGUAAGAAGAUCAGUAAAAGCAGAUGAGUUGCUCUUAAAAGACACCUUAUCCAUUAUUGAACUUGCCCUGCAAUGUGCAGCUAUAGGAGAAGGUUGGGGUGGCUUUUAAAGAUGUGCUCUGUCAAUUCUUCUUAAUUAAGUUUCUAUACUGCCCUUCGUUCAAGAAUCACAGGGUGGUUUACAUACACAACAUGGUAACAAACGAUAAUAAUAAUAAUAAUAAUAAUAAUAAUUUAUUAUUUAUACCCCGCCCAUCUGGCUGGGUUUCCCCAGCCACUCUGGGCGGCUUCCAACAGAAAAAUAAACCUCCCUGAACUGGGCUGCCUUCAGAUGUCUUCUAAAAGGUCUGGUAGUUGUUUUCCUCUUUGACAUCUGUUGGGAGGGCGUUCCACAGGGCAGGCGCCACCACCGAGAAGGCCUCACCCCCCCCGGCAACACAGUUUAUAAGGCCAUCGGUUGUUUAGUUAGCCAAAGGCCAAGGAGAAGAGAAAUGCUUUUGCCUGGCACCUAAAGAUCCAUAACGAAGGUGCCAGGCAAGCCCCCCUAGGGAGAGCAUUUCACAAACAGGAAGCCACCGCAAACAGGCAGCCCUGUUUAGGGAAGUUUUUAAUCUGUGAUAUUUUAAUGUAUUUUGGUAUUUGCUGGAAGCAGCCCAGAGUGGUGGGGGAAACCCAGCCAGAUGGGCGGGAUAUAAAUAAAUAAUAACAACAACACCACCGAGAAGGCAUGUUCUCAUGUUGCCACCCUCCGGACCUUUCGUGGAGGAAGCACACAAAGAAGGGCUUCAGAUGAUGAUUGCAGAGUGUGGGUUGGUUCAUAUGGGGAGAGGCAGUCCUUGUGGUAAUGCGGUCCCGUGCCAUUUCAGGCAUUACAGUAGUACCUCCUUGGUUGUCAAACGCCCUGGGACUUGGACGUUUUGGCUCCCGAACCAUCGAAACCCGGAAGUGACUGAUCCGGUUUCCGAACGUUCUUUUGGAAGCCGAACGUCUGACGGGGCUUCUGCGACUUCCAAUUGGCUGCAGGAGAUCGGCUCUCCUCCCCUUUGCUCAGGGGAUAAAGCUUCCUGCAGCCAAUCGGAAGCCGUGCCUUGGUUUCCGUACGUUUUGGAAGUUGAACGGACUUCCGUAGUGGAUUCCAUUCGACUUCCGAGGUACCACUGUAUUACUGUUAUUUUGUUUAGUAUGCCAUUAUGUUCAUUGGGACCCAGGUGGCGCUGUGGGCUAAACCACUGAGCCUAGGGCUUGCUGAUCAGAAGGUCGGCAGUUUGAAUCCCUGUGGUGGGGUGAGCUCCCAUUGCUUGGUCCCAGCUCCUGCCAACCUAGCAGUUCGAAAGCACCUCAAAAUGCAAGUAGAUAAAUAGGAACCGCUACAGCGGGAAGGUAAACGGCAUUUCCAUGUGCUGCUCUGGUUUGCCAGAAGCAGCUUUGUCAUGCUGGCCACAUGACUUGGAAGCUAUACGCCGGCUCCCUCGGCCAAUAAUGAGCGCGCAACCCCAGAGUCGGUCACGACUGGACCUAAUGGUCAGGGGUCCCUUUACCUUUAUGUUCUACCUGCGUUCUUCAACUCAACCAAUUCUGCCCUGGUGGUAUCUCACCUGCGACUCUACUCCUUUCCUCAAUAACUCAAAAGCGUUCAAAUCACCCAGUGAACUUCAUAGCUGUGUGGGGAUUUGAACCCUGGUCUCCCAGGUCCUAGUCUGACACUCGAACCACUACACCACACUGGCUCUGCCCAAUAGGUAUGCAUAUCAGUGACAUGAUGCGAUUUCUGGCAUUGCAGACAGCUCCACAGUGUGUUGGUUUCAGACUUAGUUCGUAUCUUUUGGUGAACAAAUGCUUCCAAAAUCCAAAUGUCUCUGAUUUAACAGGGCUGUGAGCCGAAGUACCCGCCUGCUAAUAUGUAAAAAAGUAACUAAUCCUGGAAGUAGCUUAAGCAAUAAGACCAGAACACAUGGCAGAGAAGGUAUGUCUCGAAAACUGCCCAUUUAAAAAUCUUCCCACUGUCUACUGAGGUUCGUUGAUCUCCCCCUUGCCUAAUUAGGCAGUCAGCACAAGCCAAACUGUAAAAAAAUAUGGAUUGCCUGUGUACGUUUCCUCAAACCGUGCAGCUGUGAUGGGCUCUGGAUGACCUUUCGACGUGCAUAGAUCUUCGGAAGGUGAGAUCUGUGAGUCCCACUUCAAACAUUGAGCAGGGUGAGAAACCCAAAUGUCUUAAAAUUCUGCAAGCUAUACAUUUCAAGAAGUGCACGCAUUAGCUCUCAGGGCCACUUCAUGUGCAGGGGGGGGCAGACGUGUAUACUUAGGCUGCGAUCCUAUGCAUGCUUUUGCCAUUUGAAAUCAGUGGGGCUUACUUCCAAGUAAACACACAGGAUCACACUAGUAGAGCUAUAUGCCCAUUGCAGGACACCCUCUUUCAUUUCUGACUUCCUGGUGAAUCUUUUCCCCCACUAAAUCACUCUUUCGGAAUGCACAUUUGCCUCUUUUUAUCCCUCACUAUUUUAGCAUGUGCCCCACAUGCACAUGCUCGAUAACGCAUGAAAAACACCCAGACCCUCGAAAAGGAUACGUAUAUGAUUUGUGCUGGGCUGCAAAGCCCAACGUACAAGCUGCAACUACCAAAAUAAAUUUAUGCCAGUUGGAGGUGAAGUGGACAGCCUCCUCCUAAAAGUGAAUGGAUAGCACUUGGCUUUUUAUCGAUCGGGUUAUUUUAAGGCUCAACAGCUAAUAGCCCCUUUCCUUUUUAGGCUCGGAAAUAUUUGUUACUUUUUUGCAGAUUCCACACAUUUGCUUCUUGCUAUUUAAGUAGCAGGAGUAAUUAUACACAUUGAUUUUCUUUCCAGUGGCAUUUUGGUUGUUUAUCUUUAAUGGAGGAGGGGAGGGGGAGAUGAAGGGAUUUUACAGGAAAUGUUCCCUAGAGAACAGUAUGUGAUUAUUAGAAGCAGUAAACCAUCGGAGCUUCAGAAUGUGUCAGACUUUUGGCAGCAGACACAGGGUGCCACUUACAAGAAAAGGCCACGCUCCUCGUUUCAAACAGUUCCUGCAUACUAGAAGAUGCGGAUAACCUGUGGCCUUUCAGAUGAUGCUAAGGACAUAAGAACAACCCAUUGGCCCAUCUAGUCCAGCAUCCUAUUCUCACAGUGGCCAACUCGAUGCCGGUGGGAAACCCCUAAGGAUUGUUUGAACUCCCAACUCUAUCCUCAGCCACCAUGACAAAUGGGCAGGAAUUAUGGGAGUAGAGACACCGAUUCUUGACGCCUUCCAGAGCAAGGGGACAGAAGAAGUUCUCUUCCUCCUCUUGUGUUGCACACUUCUGAUUUAGUUGCCACUCGAGCCGUUUUUUAAAAAAAUGUGCAAGCAUAUUGCAGGGCUGGGUAAAUAGCGAAGCUCUGCCUGCAGCUGAGUUUGAAAGGCAAGGAAUAUGGUCAACUCGUAUUACCCACGCUAAGCCCAGUGGAGGAAAGUCCGGCUAAAACUGUAAUAAGUAAAUAAACUCCCAAUAACAUCCCCCUAAAGUAGGUGAGAUUGCUAGUAAGGUCAGGGCUUGCUGGGAAAUGAUAUGUAAUGAAAUGAAAAGGGUGUUUAAAGUAACAUUUGUAAAAAAAAAACAAAAACCCAGAGGCUUUUCUCUUGGGAAUUAUAGGGACAGAACUACCUAAAAUGUAUAGAAACUUAUUCGUGUACAGCAUCAAGAAUGUUAUUUGCCCAAAAAUGGAAAGAAGAAGUCCCAGCAAAGGAAGAAUGGAUACAAAAACUUAUGGAAUAUGCAGAAAUGGCGAAACUUGCCGGAAGAAUAAAAAAUCAAGAUAACAAACUUUUUAUAAAGGAAUGGAAAUGGCUUAUUGAAUAUUUGCAGAUAAAAUUGUAAACAGAUAAAAACAUUGGUAGGAUUAUUGUAAUAACCUGGAGUUUCAUAAAAGCAUAUAUUUAAGGAAGAUGAAAACAUGAAUUAAUUUGGAUAUGCAGACGAUAUUAAAAAUAAAUUUAAGGAACCGCAGAAAGUGGGCAAAGGAAGUCAAGUUUCGAAAUGUCAAAAUGAUUGUAAAAUCAGUGAAAUGUAUACAAUUUUUUUUAAAUAAAAAAGAUAUUGCUAUCAUCUUUCCACCUUGUAUACUUGGAUGGAAAAUGCAUGGAGGAUAAAGACUAUCAGCGGGCAACUAGCCAUGAUGAAAUUUCUAGGCUUAAAAAUCUUUCGUUAAUUCCUGUUCUGUACUUAAGCCUCUUGAGGUUUGGGGAGUUUUUUGUAGCAAGUUCUCUGCACUUCUCAUACAUUUGGAGCUGCGGAGAAGGAGCCGUAUCAUUAAAACCCAUAUAAUCUGCCGGUAUUUAUGUAGCUGUGUCUUGACCAUCUCUGCAGCGGCAACAGGGAGGGAGGGACAGGCUGCAGCUCUACGGUUUCAGCUUACAUUUGCCUUUUCUUUUUUUUUUACUUGCAGUUCAAUGUAUAAGCUAUUAAAAAGCCCUGCGAUGACAUUCUCUGUAUCUGACAGCUAUACAGCAAUGCUUGUGAAAAAUUAAGGAAGUGGGACUGUGCUAUAGAGGGAUAUUCCCCGACGUGACACUGUUCCUCCAGCAGAGAUCUCAGAUUUGGAACCUGUCACACAUUUCACAUUAUUGUCAGGCUCACAGAAGCCAGAAUCCCCGUGGAUUCUGCUGGAUUUGCACCAUAUAUCUGAAGGCUGAGAGCCGAGGCAAAAUGCGAUGCUGCAGAGUGAAAUUAACUACUGAAAUGG